GCGUUGUCGAGCAGCUCGUCGGCUGGAAGUGGUGGGCGUUUCUGCGUCUUCGUCAGUGUGUUGGUGCUGUGAACUGAAGCGUACCCUCUGGUUCACGACCCGCGACUCUCCUCCGAUGUUUCUACCUACGCUUGUGGAGGACAUGCAUCAUUUUAAGCCUAGUCGGGACAGAUUGUACACCACCAGGUGCUGUGGAUGUUGCCAUGUCCGGACGGGGACCAUCAUCCUCGGAACCUGGUACAUGGUCGUCAACCUGUUGAUGGGCAUCCUGUUGACCGUAGCUGUGACCCACCCGGAGAACGUGCCCACCAUCGACUUGCAAUAUGAGGUCAUCGACCAUUACUUCGCCUCCAACAGGAUGUCUGAGAAUGCCUGUGUGGGGUUUGCCAUUUCUCUGCUGAUGCUCACUAUCAGUGCCAUGAUGGUGUAUGGAGCCAUUACUCAUCGUGAUGGAUGGCUCAUCCCGUUUUUCUGCUACCAGCUGUUUGACUUUGCUCUGAGCUGCCUGGUGGCUGUCAGUUCUCUCACCUACCUGCCCAGGAUCAAGGACUACCUGGACCAGCUGCCGGAUUUCCCGUACAAGGAUAACCUGCUCUCUAUGGACUCCAGCUGCCUGCUGUUCUUUGUGCUGGUCUUCUUUGCCUUCCUCAUCAUCCUCAAGGCUUACUUGAUCAACUGUGUGUGGAACUGCUACAAGUACAUCAACAACAGGAACAUGCCGGAGAUCGCUGUCUACCCUGCCUUUGAGACUCCUCCCCAGUACAUCCUCCCCACCUACGAGAUGGCAAUGAAGAUGCCAGAGAAGGAACCUCCCCCCCCUUACAUGCCCGCCUAAUCACCAGCACCGGUUGUUGCCAAAACAGACACGCACAUACAGUAUGCACACAUCCCCAUCGUAUGCAUUCCUACAUUCCUUCACUAACCCUCUCUGAACACUGUCGCCACCCUUAUCUUCAUCUUCAUCAUCCUCUGACCUGCUGUGUGUGUGUAAGCCCCCCCCACCAGCCCACUGUGGUUGUGUCCAGUGUCUGUAGCGGUGUGAGAGGAGAAAGACAGGGAAAGUUUGAGACUUUGUGUGAAAUGAAUAAAUAAUUGAAUGGUUGAAUGAAUGUGCGACUGUAAAGCAAUGGAAGCCACCAGCCCAUUUUUCUCUGCCCUUUUUUUAUGUCUUAGUAAAAGGGAUACAUAUGUAAAUGUAAUGCUUAAAAAAAAUUAAAAAUUAUUUUAUCAAUCCAGCACCAUCUACCUGUAGAUUGAUAUGUGAAGUGUAAAAUAAAUCUAUAAUGACAAUCCACUUAUUAUAGCUCUUAUUGUUGACUUGUGUUACCUUUUCCCCUUAACUAUUAUUAUUCUUAUUAUUAUCUAGACUAUUCCAUCUCGGUCUUGAGUGAAGUCUGUCGCGCUUAUUUGUCGGUGAUUUAUUUUCGCUUUGCUGUGGUUCAGUUUCGCCCUCCGACAUGCUCAUCACUGCUGCCAUAAUGUGUUUUGCAAAGCUAAUGAAUAGUUUUCCAGCCGAGUCUGAAAGAGAUAGAGAGCGGGAGAGAAACGGGUGACGGAUGGUCGCCUCCGUUUCUCUCCUCACCCCGACAUCUGCAGCAAACAGCUGGUCUUGUGAGCAUUAGUAGUUGCAUGCUUAUCAAAGUCAUCCACCACCACCGCCACCAUUACUUUACUUGUAAUAUGAUUUAUUCCUUGUGGAAAAAACAUUUGACUUCAAUAAACAUUUUAAGAACA